GGCGCGUGGAGCAGCAUCACGGAGCGGCUGGAACAGCUCGAGUCGCGCUUUGACCAGGCCGCGGAGCUGCGGCCCGCGCUGGCCAAGCUGGAGCAGCUGCAGGGGUGCCUGGCGGAGCACUCGUCUUCGGUGCAGGACUUCGACACGCAGCACAGGCAGCUGCAGAGGCGCGUGGAGCGCCUGGAGCAGGCCGCCCUCGCGGCACCCGCGACGCAAGCGGCAGCGCCCGGGCAGGACGCGUGGCAGUCCCUCGCCAGGCGGCUGGGCGAGGUGGAGCGCUGCCUGGGCGAGGAAAGCGGCAUGCGGGCCGAGCGCGUGGAGCUUGCGUUGAGCACCCUGGAGGCGGUGAAGUCCCGCACGCUGGUGGUCGACCUCCACGACGCCGCCAUCGCCGGCCUACAGCAGGAGAGCGCGCGACAGGGCGAGAGGCUGGAAGCCGCAGUCGCCGCCGUGCGGGAGCUGCGCGCCGGGGCGCCGGCCGCGGAUGCCCACGGCGCAGCCAUCGCGGGCUUGCGAGAGGAGAGCGCGCGGCAGGGCGAGAGGCUGGAAGUCGCAGUCGCCGCCGUGAGGGAGCUGCGCGCCGGGGCGCCGGCUGCGGAUGCCCACGGCGCAGCCAUCGCGGACCUGCGGGAGGAGAGCGCGCGGCAGGGCGAGAGGCUGGAAGCCGCAGUCGCCGCCGUGAGGGAGCUGCGCGCUGGGGCGCCGGCUGCGGAUGCCCACGGCGCAGCCAUCGCGGACCUGCGGGAGGAGAGCGCGCGGCAGGGCGAGAGGCUGGACGCCGCAGUCGCCGCCGUGAGGGAGCUGCGCGCCGGGGCGCCGGCUGCGGAUGCCCACGGCGCAGCCAUCGCGGACCUGCGGGAGGACCGCUGGCGCGCCUGGGGGCCUGCUGCCGUGGCCGCGCUCGCGGCGGACUACAGGGACCUGUCCCCCGAGGAGGGGUCCGUCGAGCAGCCGCCGGUGCCGCCGCGGCUGGACGCGGCCGCGGUGGUGCGGCUGCAGCCCGCUGGGAUGGACCGCGACGCGGGCGGCGCUGGCUUCGGCCCCGCGGGCGGCGUCGCGGCGGCCUUUAGGCCGCCGCCGACGAUCUCCCUGCACUCCCCGCCGCUUAUCGUCUUCUUCCAGUCGCUCCUGCCCUGGGGCGAGAUAGACCGCAGCGGUGUCCGCGUCGAGAAGCUCGGCUGGCAAGGCCUUGCGAAGAGCGCGCUCGUGUGCUCGGAGAGCAUCGGGCUCUUCGCGCUGGGCGCCGUCUGCGACGUGGGCCGCCUGGCGGCCGCGCUGGCGAGGGAGGCCCGGGAGGCGGCGCGCAGCGUGCGGUGGUGA